CACUUAUGGCAUAUACAGCAUAUAUAGCCUCAGCGGCAGAGUCAGGACGGAUAAUGGGUCCAAUCGAGCUGACAACAGCACCACAUGUUUGAUUUACCUUGUUUACCCCCCUGAACAUCACACCACAGCUCGGCGUGGACGCCUCGUAUCUGGUUCAUUGUCGCGUGGUUGUUUACAGUCAACAACACCCUCCCACGAGCUUGUUGUUCCACUGGAAUAGAGCCAAUCAUCUCCAAAUUGGCCCAUUUAUUUUGUCCUCCUCAAAAUGAAUUUCGACCAACUUCUCUCUGCCAUCGGGGGUUUCGGAAAAUAUCAGAAAAUUUUGUACAUAUGGAUUUGUUUACCCCAGAUUCUUCUCGCCUUCCAUAUGAUGGCGAGCAUCUUCACCGGAGCCACGCCGCCCCAUCACUGCCGAGAGAGCCCGAGCUCAAUAACCGAUACACUCAGCUCGAACUUCAGCGUCUCGGAUUCCUCCUGCUUCUCUUCUGAGGUCCUGCUGCUGGGCAACCGGACCGAGCGCGUCCCGUGUGGCCACGGAUGGGUCUACAGCAACGAGACUAUCCAGAGUACAACAGUCACAGAGUGGGAUCUGGUGUGUGACAAAGCUGCACUGAACAGUCUUGGUUCAACUAUCUACAUGUCUGGCCUGUUAGUGGGAUCUGUUGUGUUUGGAGCCAUGGCUGACAGGUAUGGCCGUCGUUUCGUCCUGCUGCUGUCCAUCGCUCUUCAGACUGUGUUUGGAGUCGCUGUGGCCUUUGCACCCAACUUUCCUGUCUAUGUGAUUCUUCGUUUUACAGUUGGCACCAUGAUCUCUGGGGUUAUCAUCAAUGCUUUUGUGCUUGGCACUGAAUGGACUUGCACCAAGAGGCGUAUGCUAGCUGGUAUCAUCACUGACUACGCAUUUGGUCUGGGCUACAUGCUUCUAGCAGGCAUAGCAUACUUCAUACGAGACUGGAGAAAACUACAACUGGCCAUAUCAGCCCCUGGCUUCCUGCUCAUCUUUUAUAUAUGGGUGCUUCCGAAGUCUGCCAGGUGGUUGUUGGCCAACAACAGAAGUGAGGAGGCCAUUGCACUUCUCCGCAAGGCAGCGCUGAUUAAUGGACGGGUCUUACCUCCUGUUGUACAGGUUGAGAAGAUUUUAGACGGAGCCAAACGAAGUCAUUCAGCUGUGGAUCUGGUUCGAACACCUCAGAUGAGGAAGAGGGCCAUCAUCUUGUUCUACAUCUGGUUUGUGACUGUGCUGGUGUAUUAUGGCCUCUCACUGGGCGUGUCCAGAUUAGGCACAAACCUCUACCUGACCCAGUUUGUGUUUGGGUUGGUUGAGAUCCCAGCUCGUUCGCUCGUAUUGCUUUUCCUGCCAUACAGCCGUCGACUCUCCCAAAGUGGGUUUUUGGCUGUCGGAGGUCUCGCCUGUCUACUCAUGCUUGCUGUCCCUGAAGAUCACCCCAAUGUCCUGACUGGGCUUGCUAUGGUGGGGAAGUUUGGUAUUACAGCUUCCUUUUCUAUAAUCUACGUUUACACAGCUGAGAUAUUUCCCACUGUGCUUCGGCAAACAGGAAUAGGUGUAUCAAGUAUGUUUGCGCGGAUGGGUGGUAUGCUAGCACCUAUUAUCAACUUGCUCCAUAACAGCAACCCUGCUAUACCUCUGAUCAUCUUCGGUACCUCCCCGCUACUGGUUGCUGUUCUGGCUCUGGCACUUCCUGAGACUGCUGGCAGACCUCUUCCUGACACCAUAGAGGAUGUAGAGAACUGGGACAUGAGAUCGCCUUCCAACAAAAAGAACCCUGAGAUGUCAGAGGAUAUCACCCAAUCAGCAGGCAGCACAGACGAGCAGGAGAUACGACAUCUAGCAUGCCAGGCCUAACGGCAUGAAAGAGGACACACACUUUCCAUAAUUCACAUUGCAUACAGUCUCACAUUUGUUACUGGAUGCAUUGCGCCAUCAAACAUCCUCUAUGCAAUUACAUGUCAGGAUCUGACCAAGAACUCAAUGCAAUAAAGUGAAACAUAUAGCACUCACCAAACCAGGUUGUUGGUGUGCAUGGACACAUGCACAAAGCAGGUAGUCAUAAAACCUGCCAGCUCAAAUCAAUAUCCUUUUGUUUUACCAGGUUAGGUAAACACCUGGAAAAAGUCAGGAGUAAACAGAACUCCUUUGGGAUCAUAUGCAUUUUCUCCGGCUUGAAAAGAUGCAAAUUGUUCCAUAAUAAAAAAUACAGAUGGCAUAUAUGUAAAUAAGUUUCUAUUUCAAGCUAGAUUUUUUUUAAAGCAGAGCUGAAAUUUAAAAUGAGACUUGACAAGAAUUUUUCAGUACUGGAAGAUAACAUUUCAGUGCAUUGAGCAAAAGCACCAAUAAUUAUUGUUAUAGGGUACCAUGUCUGUGGAAUAUUUUUGUUGAAUCUUACUGCUGUAUGAAACAAGAAAAUGCCUCAUUUUCCAUGUUGCAUUACUCAAGAGGAAUAAAACUAGUCCAGUGAGAUUGCAUGCACAAGUUAACUUUAUUAUGCCUAAUGUAGCCUUGUGUUAGACUUAUGUAGUUUUAUUUGGAAAGCAAAUGUGAUCUGCAUGUAAAGAGAUAAUUGAUUUCAGCAUUGUGUAGUUGUUUGUUGUCUUAUAUCAAGAUUUAAUAUUACUAGCUAGUUCGACAUGGAUCUGGGAAAUAUCUUGUAAU